AUGGCAGCUCAUAACGUGACGUUUGUUGUACAUCUGCUGUUUGCACUUGCUCUUUACCGGGCUGUAUAUGGCACAUGCUGUGAUGAAACGUAUUAUAUUUUCAAAACUCGUCAGGUCGUCAAUGAUCUUGCCAUGGGGAGAAAACCGGUCUGUGUCCAAGAAGCGGCAAGGAUAAGGGUCCAUCGUCCAACGCUUUCAUUAGAGGUGGGGGAAAGGUUUUGGACACUGAGCCUCGUGUUUCACCUAGCCUGUGAGCUCUUCCAGCGAAACCUGACGCUUGUGAAAUGGAACGUAAACCAACUCCGGGAGCUGCAAGAACUUCUUGCUCGACAAAAUAGGACUUAUUCUGCAUGCGUCAAAGACAUUCGUUUGGGUCAAAGCCUGCCAAAUGAAACUAUCGUUAAGAAGUACUUCAAGCAGCUGGACGACUUUCUUUCACGUGAGACUUUCAGCUUGUGCGCUUGGGAGGUCGUAAGAUUUGAAAUGGGGAGAAUCCUGCGAGAUUUUCAUAAGAAAUCCAAUUCCAAGAAAACAAAAUACCCAUGUUUUUGCAACAAGAAGAGUUUAUUUACUUGCAGCAGGGAAUUGUCUAGAAAAAAUUAGAACGUGAUAGCAGCCAAGUCCUAUAUCACAGCUAUG